UCUCCCUCACCUUUGCCGCCCAUCUUCCUUGGCCUGAAGGAUCCUGCUUCGAUUCCCGGCGCCAUCUCUGACGCACACCCAAACUUCUUCUCCUCGGCUUCAAAUCCCCCAACUGCGGUGGCGAGGGCACAUCCGCAUCGCAGGCGAUGGUGCCGGCGAGGCUGCCCCCAAACGACGUGGGGACGGCACUGGCUGGGGACAUGAACCCCAGCCCCCGGAGCCUGGCACGCGUCAACGCCAACGGGCCCGGAGGGCCUGGGCUGCGUCAAACGUCGUCGGGCGCCGAAGCGACCAGGCAACUCAGCGACCUCGCCCUCUCCGAGGUCAUCCGCCACGGCACCAUCGUCGAGUAGGACGGAGGCGCUCCUCCAGAGUCGCUGCUGCACCGAGAGAAGAGGAGUUGGCAGCCACUCCUCCCGACGACAACGACGACAAGAUGCCUGUUGGUUGGCUGCUCCCCAUCUCUCGCCCAUCUCAAUCUCCUCCUCACCGCCGACCUCGGCCCUAGCAAGCUCGACCCUCCAACGCGGGCAGCGGCAAGUCCUCUGCUCUCUUGUCAUCCCUUCCUUCAGGAUUUCUCUGAAAUGAAAUAAUAAGGUGCACACUCCAUGGACCAGGACGACCACCAGGACCUCCACGGCGAUGAUGAAGCCCCGCACAUGUUCGAGCUCGAUGGAACAAUAGUGCCUCGGUGUGGUGCAGCCGAGUUGGGCCAACGAUUACGUCUCCAUGGUCCUCGACCGCCUCGAUGGCUUCUAAUUCGGGACAACAAGUCAUCUGUAGGGAGGGAUUCUGUCAUUGCUAUAUACUCUAGUUCCAAUCCAUGGACGACAUCCACAAGGACCAAGACGUCGAACACCUCAUCCAGCCAGCCCCCGCACAAGCCCAAGCACCAUGAAGACCCGUCUUGGCCAGCACCAGAAGCGCCAUGGGCAGUGAAGACCAGCAGCUGCAUGACCACACUCAGCCAUCUCCGGCCAUGGCGACAGACUGCAACACAGCUGCUCAUCCAUUGGUGUUGCUGCUCUCCUCUUGUUUGUCAUCAUGAACACACCGUUGGUGUUGCUGCUCUCCUCUUGUUUGUCAUCAUGAACACACCGUUGGUGUUGCUGCUCUCCUUUGGUUUGGCUGCCAUCGGGAUGAUUCUCACUUAAACGCUGAACGAGAUGGUUUCCAGCUGUGCGCCCAGUCCUGAACUCGCCAUUUGUGUCCUCCUGCAGUUCCACAAGGUUCGGCCGUGAACGCCAACUGACAGGACUCUAAACUAUGCCCUUCUUAUUUCUGCCUGAUUCACCAUGGACAAGUUUCUUACUGGUUGAGCGCAUGAACACUCUACAUAGCUGAGGUGACGAUGCAGACCAAAUCUUCUUCAAGUACAGACCCAUAAACUGCAUCAGCUUGGAGUCGGGCAUGCAUGAGGUCUCCUUUUACUUACUCCAUACUCGAAGGUGCACUACUGCAGGAUGCUGCUAACGCGACACUACGAUCAGAGACCCUUUGACGAAACUGUAUGCGAUGCCAUAAUCGCAAAUGGUGGUGUAAAAAAUUGUUAAAAAGGUGCAAAAGUUUGCGAUGAAGGAUGCAUAAAACACGGUUCAGAUUUUAGUUGCGUGUGCAAUGCAGAGCAUACGAUUCAGCUUAA